AUGGACGUGGUGAUAGCAGAGAGGUCAAAGUUCAGUGACCCGAACAGCAAGAUAUUGCAUAGAGGUAUGUUCUAUGAUAUCAUGUUCCUAGCUCUCCACGUUCUCGGUCCCAAAGAAUUUGAUUUAAAUAAAUUCGAGAAAGAUUAUGCAGCUGCCUACAAGAGCUUACCUCAGAGAGAGAUCAGGCGGACGAUCGUCGCGGACGAGCCCUGCAAGGUCAAGGUCACGUGGUGUCGCAAGGUCUUCAGCAGGCUACAGCUGAUAUUUUGUGUCUUUUAUUCGCAGAAAAGUUUUUUUGGCCCAUGCUCUAUAUCGACCGGGCUUUUUUCUCGUUGCGAUUUUUCAAAUUAA